UCGCUUGGACAUUCCUGCCAUCGCCAAUAUUAUUUUUGUUGUGUGGACAGCAGCUCCCGUUCACAGCGCCGCGCCAGUUUGCGUCUUUGCUUGGAUUUGGAUCUUGGUUGGGCUCCUGACGCGCUGCUCUGCGGUCCGGCUCCGAGCUGUUUGCAGACCUUUGGCAAGAAAGUUUUGAAUCUUCUGACUAAAAGAGCUUGAGAACUGAAGACAGUAUCUGAGCUAAAGAGGACACAAUGUCGGGAUCGAUACCGUUCUACCAGAAACACCACCGCCAUUAUGAUCGCGGCUACCGUAGCCGAGAGACGGAGUCUGCUAUCAGCCAAUACCAGCAGAGCUCUAAUACUUACUCUUCACAUAGCAGCAAAAGCACCAAGGGCAUCAGAGCUGCCACAUACACGGCUCUAGAUGAGCCCAGGCUGAGUCCUCUGCCCAAGAGAGUCAAACCAACCUAUAUGGCCAUGGACAAGGAGAACCAGAUCAUUGGUUAUGUGGUGCCCAUCUUCAGGGGCAGUCAUGAGUUUCAAAGCGGCCUAUCAGACACUGAGGAAGCGCGCGCUAAAGAGAGCGCUGGCUAUCUGGCACGUCGUGACCUCUUCGCUAGCGGCGUGGAGUCGGAGCGCAUCGAACACAAGUCCCACAGAACCGUCAUGAGGGAGUCAGCAGAGCGCAUCUCGCUUAGCAAGAGGAUAUAUGAGAACGAAGAGUACCAUAAGCAUCUGAACGAGGACAGCCUGAUGCACACACCGGAGUUUGUGAUCAAGCCACGAUCCCACACUGUUUGGGAGAAACAGUGUGUGCGACUGCACUGUACCAUCUCAGGAUGUCCUGAACCACGCGUUGUUUGGUACAAGAACAAUGUUAGUAUUGAUCCGAUGGCCACGCCAGAGAAGUACAAAGUGGAGAGCAGCUACAGCGUCCACUCCCUGGAGAUUAACAAGUGUGACUUCGAUGACACUGCACAGUAUCGUGUGUCGGCCAUGAACAGCAAGGGCGAGACCUCUGCUUUUGCUUCUGUUGUCGUCAAAAGAUUCAAAGGAGAAAUUGAUGAGUUUCUGCCAUCUCCCAGACUCCCACCUUGUCUGGAGUAUGGAGUGACAUUCGAGACGCACCUCGUGGAGAAGUUUGGUGUGUCUUUUGGACGUGAGGGUGAGACGUUGAGUUUUGGCUGCUCUGUUAUCAUCUACCCGUCACUGCAGCGCUUCCAGCCUGAGAUAGAGUGGUACAGAGAUGAUAAACUGCUGGUGCCAUCAAAAUGGGUUCAGAUGCACUGGAGCGGCGACAGAGCGACACUCACUCUCUCACACCUCAACAAGGAGGACGAAGGACUCUACACACUUCGCGUCAUCACCAAAUCUGGCUUUGAGACACAUUCAGCGUAUGUCUUUGUCAGAGAUGCUGAUGCAGAGGUUGCUGGAGCUCCUGGUGCACCGUUAGAUGUUCAUAGUCUGGAUGCUAAUAAAGAUUAUGUCAUCGUUACCUGGAAGCAGCCUGCUGUGGAUGGAGGAAGCCCCAUUUUGGGAUAUUUUGUUGACAGGUGUGAAGUUGGCAUGACACACUGGGCGCAAUGCAAUGACACUCCGGUGAAGUUUGCACGCUUCCCUGUAACUGGUCUCGUGGAAGGACGAAGCUAUGUGUUUCGAGUGCGUGCGGUGAACAAGGCAGGCAUGAGCCAUUCAUCUCGUGUGUCUGAACCAGUAGCCGCUAUGGACCCUGCAGACCGCACAAGAAAAGGUCCCUUUGCUCCUUGGACUGGACAAAUCAUUGUGACUGAGGAGGAGCCUGUGGAGGGAGUGGUUCCCGGCAGACCUUGUGAUCUCUCAGUCAUUGAGGCCACUAAAAAUUAUGUGGUGUUGAGCUGGAAGCCUCCAGGCGAAAAGGGCCAUGAAGGGGUUAUGUAUUACGUGGAGAAGUGUGUGUCUGGCACAGACAGCUGGCAGCGAGUCAACACUGAAAUCCCCGUCAAAUCUCCACGUUUUGCUCUUUUUGAUCUGGCCGAAGGCAAGUCUUACCGCUUCCGCGUUCGCUGCUGCAACUCAGCCGGUGUUGGUGAACCAUCAGAACCGACUGAAGCCACCACGGUUGGGGACAAGCUGGAUAUCCCAUCAGCCCCUGGCCGUGUGGUUCCUACCCGCAAUACAGACACAUCUGUGGUGGUUUCAUGGGAAGCUUCACGUGAUGCUAAAGAGCUGGUGGGCUACUACAUUGAGAGCAGCAUUACAGGGAGCAACACUUGGGAGCCAUGCAACAACAAACCAGUUAAAGGCACAAGGUUUAUCUGUCAUGGCUUGACCACUGACGAGAGUUAUGUUUUCCGAGUAAGAGCCGUCAAUGCUGCAGGAAUCAGUGAAUUCUCACAGGAAUCAGAAGCCAUUAAAGUUAAAGCUGCUAUCGCUUCACCCACUCCACCCUACGGCAUCACUGUGCUGGAGUGUGUGCGGGACUCGAUGGUACUAGCCUGGAAACAACCCACUUUCAUUGGUGGCGCUGACAUCACUGGUUACUUUGUUGAUUACCGUGAGGUCAUUGGUGGAGUCCCAGGAAAAUGGCACGAGGCGAAUAUUAAGUCUGUCAGUGAGAGAGCUUAUAGAGUUUCAGAGCUAAAGGAAAACAUGCUGUACCAGUUCCAGGUACGUGCAGCCAACAUGGCUGGUGUGGGCAUCCCGUCUCUUCCCAGUGAGACAUUCAAGUGUGAGGAGUGGACUAUUGCUGUACCGGGACCACCCCAUGACCUCCAAGUGCAGGAGGUGCGUAAGGACUCUCUGGUCUUGCUCUGGAAACCGCCUGUCUACCAGGGUCGUGAUCCUGUCAAUGGAUACUACAUUGAUAUCAAAGAGGCUGAAGCAGACUUUGAGAUGUGGAGAGGAGUCAAUGAGAAAGCUACUGACAAGACAUUCAUGAAGAUCAAGGAUCUAAAGAUGGGGGAAUCGUAUGUUUUCCGUGUGCGCGCUCAGAAUAAGGCUGGUGUAGGAAAAGCAUCAGAUUCUACAGAACCGGUUGAGGCAGUGACUAAACCAGGUACUGCUGAGAUAGUUGUGAAUGUUGACGAUGAUGGCGUCAUUUCACUGAAUUUUGAGUGCUCUAACCUCACCGCUGACUCCAAAUUCGUCUGGUCCAAGAACUACGUGGAAAUGACAGAACCUGAACGCAUGACCUUAGAGACCAAGGGUAGCAAGUCCAAAGCCAUCUUUAAAACACCUUCAGAAGAAGACCUGGGUAUCUACUCUUGCUUUGUGACACACACUGAUGGAGCCUCUGCCAGCUACACACUCUCUGAGGAAACUCUAAAAGAACUCCUGAAGAUCAGCCACGACCACAAAUUCCCCAUCAUCCCUCUGAAGACAGAGCUGGCCGUGGAGCUGCUGGAGAAGGGCAGAGUUCGCUUCUGGUUGCAGGCUGAGAAGAUCUCUGCCAAUGGAAAAGUUGAAUACGUGUUCAAUGACAAUGUGGUCCACCAGGGAGAGAAAUACAAGAUGAACUUUGAUAAAAAUACUGGCAUCAUUGAGAUGUUCAUGGAGUCUCUGGGCAAAGAGGACGAGGGAACGUUCACUUUCCAGCUUCAAGACGGCAAAGCCACUACAAUCUCCAAAAAAGAUGCUGGUAUAUAUGAAGUAGUUCUGAAGGAUGACCGAGGCAAAGACACCUCCACCCUCAACCUCACAGACCAAGGAUUCAAAGACCUGAUGAACCAGGUUUUCAGUGUUAUUGCGAACUCCUCCACUCCACUGAAGAUCCAGAGCACAGAGGAGGGGAUCAGGCUUUACACCUUCGUCAGCUACUACAACGAUGAGCUGCAUGUCACCUGGCAUCACAAAACUGUGGAACUGGCUGGACAAGCAUUCGACGAUGCAUUUGCUGAGUUUCAAAGACUCAAGGCUGCAGCUAUUGCAGAGAGAAAUCGUGCGCGUGUGGCAGGUGGUCUGCCUGAUGUUGUGACCAUCCAAGAGGGCAAGUGUCUGAACCUGACCUGCAAUAUCUGGGGCGAACCCGUACCCGAGGUCACCUGGCUAAAGAAUGAGCGCGAGAUGGUUUCCAACGAUCACUACAUUCUGAAGUUCGAGUCGGGCAAGUUUGCCAGUUUCACCAUCACCAGCAUCAAUACGUCUGACUCCGGCAAGUACAGCAUCCUGGUAAAGAACAAGUACGGCACGGAGAGCGGCGACUUCACCGUAAGUGUCUUCAUCCCAGACGAGGAACCCGGCAAGAAAAAAUAAAACCAACCAAACA